AUGGCCAUCAUUGACACCACCAAGGACCUGGCCGCCCUCUUCCGCCAGCAGGUCAAAAAGACACCCGAUCUUGUGGCCUUGGAAGACGACAGCUCUACCUACACGUACGCCGAGCUUGAUGACGAGGUCAACCGCCUUUCCCAACGCCUUCGCGGCUACGGAGUCGGUCGAGACAGCCUCGUCGGCGUGCUGCUGCCGCGGAGCGCCCACUAUGUGGUUGUCUGUCUUGCAGCUCUCCGUGCUGGAGGGGCAUUCCUGGUGCUAGAGCUUGCGUAUCCUCCAGGUCUUCUGGCCGACGUCCUGGAGGAUGCCAAUCCGGCUGUAGUGGUCACGUAUAGGGCUGAGGUUGGUAAGAUCAAGAGCGGUGUUCCUCUCAUUACCCUCGAUGAGCCAACACCCGAUCUCAAUGGACAUGCGAAAGAGCCCUCUGCCUUACCUGUUGACGAUGACCUCGAGAGACUUGCGUUCGUGGCUUAUUCGAGUGGUACUACUGGGAAGCCGAAGGGCAUUACGAACCCCCAUAGAGCACCAGUCCUCUCGUAUGAGCUGAGAUUUGGCUUCCAAGACGUCCAACCGGGGGAUCGGGUAGCUUGCAACGUCUUCUUCAUUUGGGAGAUUCUGCGGCCGCUUUUCCGAGGAGCUACUGUUGUAGCCGUGCCAGACGAGGUCAGCUAUGACCCGGCUGCUCUGGUGGACCUGCUCGCUUCCAAGCACAUCACCGAGACUCUGAUGACUCCCACCCUUCUGGCCACCGUGCUCGCUCGAAAUCCGCAUCUUGAGGAUCGCCUUCCAGAGUUACAGACUUUGUGGCUAAAUGGCGAGGUUGUCACUACUGACUUGGCCCGUCGAGCUAUUAGAGGACUUCCAAAGACUCGUCUGCUGAACUGCUACAGCGCCUGUGAGACCCAUGAGGUUGCUGUCGGGGACAUCAAGGAGAUGCUCGAUGAAGACGCCCCCUACUGUCCCGUUGGUCCCCCGCUAGACCUGAAGCACACUUACAUCCUCAAUGAUAGUGGCCACAAAGUGGAAGAGGGGACCAGUGGAGAGCUCUUCGUCGGCGGCCCUUUACUCGCUCGGGGGUACCUCAACCGGCCCGAGACCACUGCGAAAGCAUUCCUUCCUGACCCAUUCGAUUCAACUUCGGGAGCGUUGAUGUAUAGGACCGGAGAUCUCGCACGCUUGCUCCCUUCAGGGCUCCUUGAGAUUACAGGUCGCGUUGGAGCUAUGAUCAAACUCCGCGGCUACUCCGUCGUUCCUGGUAAGGUUGAAAAUGACAUUGUCAAGCACCUGGCUGUCAGCCGCUGCGCAGUAGUUGCCCAUGGCGAAGGCCUCGAGCGGCAGCUGGUUGCGUAUAUCGUCCAAGACAAGGACGACAAGGCGAAUCGCCCCGCCAUAGAGAUCAACGAGUCUGGUCACAGUCCAGCGGCACGUCGCACCCUUGCGCCGUAUUUAGCACCGUACAUGAUCCCCGCUCUGUGGGUUGACCUCGAAGAACUCCCUACUCACGAAGUUUCCGGCAAGGUUGAUCUCAAACGCCUACCCGCGCCCCGGAGCUCCAGCCCUGUCAAUGGUAUCGGUCAAAAAAUUGAAGAUGACCCAAUUGGAGUCGAUGAUAUCGCCACAAUUUGGGCAGCAGCCCUCAAGACGUCACGGAACCUCAUCAAACCGGAAGACAACUUCUUUGACCUGGGUGGACAUUCAUUGUCACUCGCGGAUCUUGCGUCAAGGCUGUCCAGGACAUUCGGCUUCCGCAUUCCUAUUGCUCGUCUUGCCGGAGAUACGACCCUCCUUGGCCACCUGAAGACAGUGCGUGAUGUGAGAGACGGACACACAGCGGCGGUCCAAGCAGAUCUUCCCGCUGUGCUGCGUGCUGAUGCUACCCUUGAUGAUGACAUUCGACCCUCCAGCGAUACCAAAAUAUGCUCAGUCAGUCAAGCAAAGACAGUCCUCUUAACUGGUGUCACGGGAUUCUUGGGCGCUUUUCUACUGAACGAUCUAUUGGAAAGCACGGCAGCACAGAUACUAUGUCUUGUACGAUUCAAUGACCCUGAAGAGGAUGACCAGCCCGGAGGCAUAGCGAGAAUACGUCGAAAUCUGCUCGAUAUGGGCUUGUGGCGCGAUUCAAUCAUGGAGCGUGUCGAGAUUGUCCCGGGUAACUUGUCUCGAAACCGAUUUGGUCUUUCACCGGCGGCCUUCGAAAAGCUAGCUGCUCGUGUUGAUGUCAUCGUUCACGCUGCCGCUACUGUCAACUUGGUGUAUCCCUAUGCUCCACUACGAGCUCCCAACGUCGGAGGAACGAGAGAGAUUCUGCGCCUGGCAUGUCAAGGUGGUGCUACCGUGCAGUACGUGUCCACUAAUGGCGUUCUACCGCCGUCUCCAGAGAAAGGCUGGCCAGAAUCCGAAAUGCUCGAUGUUGACGAUGUACCUACGAAGCUACUCGACGGCUACGGGCAGACCAAAUGGGUAGCAGAGCAGCUUGUGCUCGAGGCUGGUCGUCGUGGGCUCCCAGUGAAGAUCCACCGAGCAGGCACAAUCAGCGGUCACAGCGCGACGGGUGCUGCCAACGCGUGGGAUCUUUUGACUGCUCUGAUUGUGGAAUCCAUUCAACUCGGCUACGCCCCUGACGUUGAAGGAUGGCGCGCUGAGAUGACUCCCGUCGACUUCGUCAGCAAAGCUAUCAUCCAUCUCUCCUGCCAAACAGACAUAGAGCAGGUCGUUUUUCAUCUCGGCGACCCCGAUCCUGUUGACACCAAGCAGGUGUUUGAGGACCUGAAAGAGCUUGGAUACUCAACUCAGCGACUAAGCUUUGACGACUGGGUCUCCCUUUGGACCGAGAAACGUGGAUCCGUCAAGGGUGGCGACGGUUCAUUCACUGUCGACAUUCUCCGCAGCGGUAUGCCUACGGUUGAGUUCCUCCGCGGCAUCGUGGUUCUCAACAAUGCUGCCACCCGCCCUUUCCGCUUGGUCGUCGAACGGCCAAAGGUCGAUAGUAUCCUCCUGGAAACCUACACUCGCCAUUGGUUUGCUCGUGGCUGGCUCUCCCGAGCACCGUCCCGCCAGCACUCUCUCGGCGGGUCUGCCCAGCCCAUCCGCAAAGGGCCUCUCAGCGGCCGCGUAGCUGUUGUCACUGGUGCUUCCUCAGGCAUCGGUGCUGCCGUCGCUUCAGCCCUUGCUCGAGAAGGCUGCCACGUUGCCCUUGCUGCUCGCCGCCUCGACGCGCUCGAAGAUGUGAAGCGUCGUCUCGUCGUCCGCGAAGGCCGCGCCAUAAUCUGCCCAACCGAUGUCACCUCCCCGGAGCAAGUUACUGCUCUCUUCAAGGCUGCCAAUGACGAGCUGGGCCCGGUCGAUAUCGUAGUCUCAUGCGCUGGUGUCAUGUAUUUCACCAUGAUGGCCAACACGCACGUAGACGACUGGGACAGAACCGUGGAUGUGAACUGCAAGGGUCUUUUGCAUGUUCUGGCUUCCACCGUCCCCAACAUGCUAGCAAAGGGAAGCGGACACAUCGUUGCUAUCUCAUCCGAUGCUGGCCGGAAGGUCUUCCCCGGCUUGGGCGUGUACAGCGCGAGCAAGUUUUUCGUUGAAGCUACGCUCCAAUCUCUCCGUCUGGAAACUGCCGGAACUGGGCUGAGGGUCACGAGCGUGCAGCCGGGUAAUACCGCGACCGCGCUGCUGGGUAUGAGCCGCGAUCAAGAGGCUGUUAAGAAGUACGGCGAGCCGAGUGGCGCGAAGAUUCUGGAUGCGGAAGAUGUUGCGAAUAGUGUCGUGUAUGCACUUCGACAACCGGCGCAUGUGGCGGUCAAUGAGGUGUUGAUUGAGCCGAGGGAUGAACCGAUUUGAGAUGAAUGAGAUAGCAAUGACGACACUGGAGAAGAAUUUGAAUGAGCUCGGAAAGAAAUGGGAAAGCAGUUCGAAAUAAAUUAGAAAGACGCUGUAAAGAUAGAAUACGGGAAACGCAGAAAACCAAUUGAAAAGAGGCUGGAAAGAGACUGGAACGAAAUUGGAUUUGGAACUAAUUUAGAGAUGACUGCGGGCUAUGGAGCUAGGGACGACUUCGACGAGAUUUCAGUAAUGUCUACGGUUUUGGUAACACUUCCUACUCACCGUACUUACUGUGAUCUAGGUCCAAGCGUCGUUAGGAUAUGCUGAACCCCAUCGCGACGCAUCCCAUCGCGACAACAUCGGAGAAGAAGGACUUUCGAGAUCCCAAGCAACCACUUCAGACUGGAAGAGAGUCGUUCCACCUUCUC